UGCGUUGAAAUGCCCGUAAAGAAGCUCCUCCAAAAAGGGGGAAGCACAAAGAAAUCGCCUCCCGUGUAUGUUUCGCGUCGACGUGCGAACUGGACUUUUAUGGAACUAGAAUGACACGUCUUUAACGUUAAAGGCUUAACUUCUUUUUGUUGUUUUUUUUCUUUCUUACCAAGGUGCCACCGCUGUUACAUUUGACAAGUUAUUAUUAUUAUUAUUUUAGCUGCUUGCUAGCUCGGCGAGCUAAUGUGAGUGAACGCGACUACUAGUUUGUCUUCAGUUCGUUUCUGGACGUAUCGGCCAACAUAGAACCGUUUUUAUUAUCACGGCUAGAUACCGGAUGGAAUGUUUAUCCGACUCUACGCCAAUGGAACUUCAAAAAAGCAUUGCAGGUGUCAAGAUCACAAUGAUGGGGAAGCAUAGAGAAAGACUGAUUUGUGGCCAAUGCAAGCGAUAGUCUGGUUUGACGAGUGGCAGUAGAAGACCUGGCUCGUGGGAUAUUUGCCACAGGCUUGAGGGUAUGUUGAGACAUCCGGACGGGCCAGAGCAGAGGCGUCUAGGUGGUUCGGACGGCGACUGAAGGGAGGAGGAGGAUUGACCGACGGGCGAGCCGGGAGGAAGACAUGGGCCAGUGCAUCACCAAGUGCAAGAACCCCACAUCCUCGCUCGGCAGCAAGAGCGGCGACAAGGAGAGCGGCUCAAAGUCCCACAAGAAAAGUGGCUGCAUGGGUAGCGCCGGAGGCCACAAGGAAGAGUCGUGCGGCAAGCUCGCCACCGAGCUGUCGAAUGGCACCAAGGCCCUGGAGGUUUCCGUGGAGACGCCCAUUAUUUCGGCCUUAAUGGGAGAACCAUGCAAGGAGGAGAGCCCGGACGGAGACGGGCUGUCCAUAAAGCACAUCGAGGAGCUUUUCUCCUGCUACAAAGACGAGCAGGAGGACGCCAUCUUGGAGGAAGGCAUGGAGAGGUUCUGCAAUGACCUGUGCGUGGACCCGGCGGAGUUCCGCGUGCUGGUUCUGGCCUGGAAGUUCCAGGCAGCCACCAUGUGCAAGUUUACAAGGAAGGAGUUUGUCGAGGGGUGCAAGGCUAUCCAGGCGGACAGCCUCGAAGGCAUCUGCUCUCGCUUUCCGUCUAUGCUGCUGGAAGCUCAGGGCGAGGAGAACUUCAAGGACCUGUACCGGUUCACCUUCCAAUUCGGCCUGGACGCCGACGAAGGCCAGCGCUCGCUGCAGCGGGACAUCGCCAUUGCCCUGUGGCACCUGGUCUUCACCCAGGACAUGCCCUCCAUCCUGGAGCACUGGCUGGACUUCCUGGCGGAGAACCCCCCGGGUAUCCGGGGAAUCUCUCGGGACACGUGGAACAUGUUCCUGAACUUCACGCAGGCCAUCGGUCCCGACCUGAGCAACUACAGCGAGGACGAGGCCUGGCCCAGCCUAUUCGACACUUUCGUCGAGUGGGAAAUGGAGCGCAGGAAAAGAGAGGAAGAGCGGUCUCCGCUGGCAGCGGACCGUGAGGGCACGCCCACUGAGACGGAGUGUUCCCUGAGCACGGACAGGUUUCAAACCGACGGUGGCCGCGGAUCACAGACUUGGGGGGGCCACUGACCAGCAAACGAGAAGCGUUUGUAAGGCAAGAAAACUUUGGCGACCAUCAGAUGACCUUGAGUAUUAUCAUACAGCUGAUCAUUUCUGUUGGGAUGCGAUAUUCCUGCUUUGCAAUUUUUGUUUUUUAGUUGUUUUUUGUUUUUUUUGAAAGGGCUCUAUGAACUGACAUUUUUAGCACUUCUAUUUAAAUUAUUGCUCUACUCCCUGCUGUGUUUUUCAGUCACAUUUUACUUGCACCUACCCACCAUGAUGCAGCAUACGUACCCGUCGAUAGCUUUGUUCGAAAAACAAAGCUAUCUACAACUUUACCCUAUUCCAUAAAUUAGUGCGGUGCUUUGAGGUAAAAGUUUUUGGAGAUCCGAGCUGUCAUUCGGCCGAUUUGUUGCUUCUGACUUGUGAUCAAAAACUUGCGAUACCGGCGCUGUAUGGUGUCAGUGUACUGAAGUCACUUCACAAUUGCAAACACCUAGUUGAAGUUUACUGUCAAGCUAAACAUAAACCAAAAAUUACACCUUGUGCUUUGAAAACAACCACACAGCCUUUCUAGCUGCUAGCUUAAUGCUAAAUAGCAUCUAUGUUGUGGUGCUGUAACCCUGAAUGAACAGAGUGUAGCAACACAUAUAGACAGGCAAUAUAACAGUACUCAGUCAUUUACUUUUUAUCCACUGCGAAAAACGACUAAUAUUAGCGCAGUACUGAUCAGCUGAAAGGAGUUAGACAAAGGGGGCACACUUGAAAGAGCACAAUGGCCAUUCAGUUGAUGCAGUGACAAAAUUGUCAUUCCUGUAUGUUUUUAUAAAGUACAAUAUAGAGUGCAAUUUUUCCUCAUUCAAAUACACAAUUUUGUUUUUGGAAGGAAGGCUGGAUUCGAUCCAUUAAUUUCAAUGGGAAAAUUAGGGUUUUAAAUUGCAAGCGUGAUCACGGAACUCGUAUCUCAAGGCACCACUGUUCAUUUUAAUCUGAUUUGUUCUGUCUUUAAAAAAAAUAAAAGGGAAAGGGGGUACAAAUAUACUUUUGGGAAAUGUGAGGGUCAUGCUCAUUGGGCUAAUGUGGUUGUAGUGUUUGCUUCUAUCUUGCAGUGCUGUGAGGAUGACUUAGUUGCACUUGUAUUGCCUUGGCCACUUUUGGCAAAAGAAACAUACAAUUCUAUUCCAAGGGCAUUUUCUAUACGGACGCAAUUCCUUUGACAAUUUCAUUCAGCCGGUGGAAAUCUUACUUCCAUGGUAACGGCGAGUGCGUUUGGGGUUUGCAGUGCUCCCUUAUUGACCUCUUGCUUCUCCCAAAUGUCCAUCUCCUUUUAAGAAGCAGCUAAUUGUGUUUAAAAAAAAACAAAAACAAAAAACACAAUGACGCCAGCUUCUACUUGAAAUCCAAAUGAGCGGGUCAUUUCUGUUCAAGAUGAUGCUCACGCAAUCCUGUUGCUUUUGAAAGAAAUAUGAAUAUUGUUUACCUCCAGGCGGUCAGGGGUUGAUGCAGCCUGUCUGCACACAAAAAGUGCACACUUCAUAAUGUUUUUAAUGGUGGUUCUAAUAUUGCACAAACCUCUGUGGCAUGCUAGGUUGCUAUACUGUUGCUAAACUGCAAUGCUGUCUGGCCAGCUGCAUUAAUUGCAUUGAAACCCUUCAUGAAGGAGAUGAACAGACUCGAGUAUGGAAAGCCACUUCAGGAUUUAUUGGAUAUCCAGUUUAACUCAUUCACUGCCAGCCUUCCCAGUUAAUAUUUGACGUCUAAAGCCGUCAAUGGCAGUGAAUGUGUUAAGGUUCUCGUACUUGUAUGCUGAUUGUCCUUACUAGUAAGACAGGUCAGCGCACUAGCAGAGCAAUGGUCCUACUAGUUGUUUUUUUUCUUCCCCAAUACAGCUAAAAUUUAUUUGAUAGCCUUGAUAACCAGCUUCAAAUCCAUCUACUAGUGCACUCUUUGUCCUCUAGUAGGAUGACUACAUGUUACUAGUGAGGCAAAACUGCACUAGUUGACAUCUGAGUGCCACUAGUGAAGCGCUGUAUGUUAACUAGUAGAAUUCUAUGUCGCUAGUACUAGUGACCUACCGGAACAGUCCAAAAGCAAUAGUCAAUGUCCUGAGAUUGAAAUUACCUGGACGAAUGAGAUUAUGCAUAGGCAUGUUUUCAACUAGAGCAGUUUUGCUCUAAAUAUGUAGUCCUACUAGUGAGGACAAAGUGUGUACCAGUACAUGGGCUUGCAGCUGAUGUCAAGGCUAUAAAAUAGCUGUUUUGAGUUUUUAUUUGAAAAAUGGGCGCUAGUAAGACAUUCUACUAGUGCGUUCAAUUGUCUCACAAGUAAAGACAAAGAGCGUACUAGUAUAUGGACCUUAAGAUAGAUAUAAAGGUAUCAAAUGAAUGCUCCCAACGGGGGGAAAAAACCUCAAAGGGCUUACCGUACUCUGGUGACGAUGACGAGUGAAUCUACAAUGAAUCUUGUGGUAAACGAGGGUGACCAUAAUCUAAUCUAUUGAGUUUACAUCCACAUCCAACGGUUUUAUUUCAGACCUCAUUUUGUCCCCUUCGUUUAUCUAAAACUGUAUUGAUUUAUAAUGAAUAAACAGUGUUCAACUUUUGACUGUU